GCCUAGCGAAAAGCUGUCAGAUUCAGAACUCGACCGUCGUGUGCUCGAGUCUGUUUCCACACUGUAUUCCUCGCAGGAGUGAAACAAAAGCCGCCGAGAGCCUACUUUUUGGAGUCUUCCUAAAGGGGAGAAAAUGCUUGCACGUUUCCUUGGUGACUGAUCUCCACGAACAACAGAUUUCAACCUGUGGAUAUUGCGUGGCGUGCGCCAGUUUCCAGCCAUAGGGAUUCGGGACGCUCACCCCUCUAGCCGGCAGCGUGCUUGAUUGUUUCCCGGCGUCGGUCUGUGGCGCGCUGUGUGGUCCAGUGUCUCGUUUAUGAAUGGCCCUGACAUGGAGGAAAUUCCGUUUCAGAAAGUCAAAACCCGGCGGAAGAAAAGCCACUGUCCACCCGGCGUCCCUCUGACUACCAUUGCAUGCGAGGACGAGUUCGACUGUAAGGAGCUGGAGUCUCUGUUCCAGAACUACAACCUAAAGCUGGAGCAGACGUCCACUCUCAAAGCCCUGGCGGUGCUCAUCAUCAUGGCAUCGACGCUGGCCGUGGUGGAGUUGCUUUCCGGGCCCAAUCUGACCAUCCCCAAGGGGUCCCAUCCUGUCCACUGUAUCGUCUUCGUAUCCCUCUUCAUUGUCACCAACGUCAAAUACCUACAGGUGACCCAGCUCCAGCAGAUCGUCAACCUGACCUUGCUCUUCGCCUUCACCUUCUCGUUCCUCUGCUGUCCCUUCUCUCUCGGAGCCGUGGGGCUGGAGCCCCCUACCAACCCGGAGCAAGGCAUGUGGCAGCUCAUGCUGGUUACAUUCGUCGCCUACUCACUCCUGCCCGUGCGGACUCUGUUAGCAGUAGUGUUUGGAAUAAUGAUUGCCAUCUCUCAUGUAAUUGUGACAGCGACCUCGGUGACAGUCAAGACACAGAAAUUAUGGAGAACGCUGGUGGCCAACACAGUGCUGUUUACCAGUGUGAACCUGUCUGGAUUGUUUGUGCGCAUCCUGACUGAGCGAGCCCAAAGGAAGGCUUUCCUACAGGCACGCAACUGCAUCGAGGAGAGGCUACGCAUGGAGGACGAGAAUGAGAAACAGGAGCGCCUUCUGAUGAGUUUGUUGCCAAGGAACGUGGCAAUGGAGAUGAAAGAAGAUUUCCUGAAGCCUCCUGAAAGGAUCUUCCACAAGAUCUACAUCCAACGCCAUGACAACGUCAGUAUCCUGUUUGCUGAUAUCGUGGGGUUCACCAGUCUGGCAUCCCAGUGUACAGCCCAGGAACUGGUCAAACUACUCAACGAGCUCUUUGGGAAGUUUGAUGAGCUGGCCACAGAGAACCACUGUAGGCGUAUAAAGAUCCUGGGAGACUGUUACUACUGUGUGUCAGGUCUGACCCAGCCCAAGACUGACCACGCUCACUGCUGCGUGGAGAUGGGCCUGGACAUGAUCGACACCAUCACGUCGGUAGCGGAGGCCACCGAAGUGAAUCUGAACAUGCGUGUGGGUCUCCACACGGGCCGGGUUCUGUGUGGGGUCCUGGGACUGAGGAAGUGGCAGUAUGACGUGUGGUCCAACGAUGUCACACUGGCCAACGUGAUGGAGGCAGGGGGACUGCCUGGGAAGGUCCACAUCACCAAGGCGACCCUGGACUCCCUGAAUGGAGACUAUGAGGUUGAACCAGGCAACGGUCAUGAGAGAAAUGCCUUCCUCCUCAAACACCAGAUCGAGACCUUCUUCAUUGUGCCAACUCACCGACGGAAGAUAUUCCCAGGAUUGAUUCUCUCGGAUAUAAAACCUGCCAAAAAGAUGAAGUUUAAGACGGUGUGCUACUUGCUGGUGCAGCUCAUGCACUGUAGGAAGAUGUUCAAGGCCGAGAUACCUUUCUCAAACGCCAUGAACUGUGAGGAUGGUGACAAGCGGAGGGCCCUGCGGACAGCUCCAGAUAAACUGCGGAACCGGACUUCGGUGUCAGCUAACGUGAGCCAGGCCAGCCCGGGCACGCGGGUCAACCGCUACAUUGGUCGUCUGAUUGAGGCGAGGCAGACAGAGUCGGACACAGCUGACCUCAACUUCCUUACACUCAUGUACAAGUGCUCUGAGCGUGAGCAGAGGUACCACCAGCUACAUGAUGAGUACUUCUCCAGCGCUGUUGUCCUCUCUCUAAUCCUAGCUGCCUUGUUCGGCCUUGUCUACUUUCUCAUCAUCCCACAGGGAACAGUGGUUCUGGUCCUACUGGUCACCUGCAUCUGUUUCCUAGUAGUUUGUAUCAUGUACCUGCAUGUCACUAAAUUACAGUGUUUUCCAGGGUGCCUCACUAUUCAGAUCCGUACUGUUCUGUGUGUUCUCAUAGUGCUCUUAAUCUAUGCUGUAGCCCAGGCCUGCGUGGUGGGCUGCAUGCCAUGGCUGUGGGGUAGUCCCCACCACUCCAACAGCUCCAUUGUCAACAUGGAUACAGCAGGCCCGCUACGCAGCUUCAACCGUACUUUGAUGGAGCUGCCAUGUGACGGUGCCCGCUACGCUUUCUUGUCAUGCGUUGUGGGCACGCUGACACUGGCACUCUUCCUGCGCGUAUCCUGGAUGCCAAAGAUGGCACUUUUGCUCCUCCUGGGGGUGCUGUAUGUCACUGUGCUGGAGCUCAGCGGAUUCAGACGCACCGCGAGUGGGGGGUCUAAUCUCCAGAUCCGGGGCUAUGAGCCCAUCCUAUCCCUGCUGCUGUUCACCAGUGCCCUGGCCCUCCACUCUAGACAACUGGACCUUAAACUACGACUGGAUUUUCUUUGGGCCACACAGGCAGAGGAGGAGAGGGAUGGCAUGGAGAAGGUCAAGCUGGACAACAGGCGGAUUCUUUUCAACCUACUUCCUGCUCAUGUGGCUCAACACUUCCUCCUGUCCAACCCCAGAAACAUGGAUCUGUAUUACCAGUCCUAUGCCCAAGUCGGAGUGCUGUUUGCUUCCAUCCCCAACUUCAAUGACUUCUACAUUGAGCUGGAUGGGAACAACAUGGGAGUAGAGUGUCUGAGACUACUCAAUGAAAUCAUCGCUGAUUUUGACGAGCUCAUGGAUAAAGAUUGCUAUAAGGACAUUGAGAAGAUCAAAACCAUUGGCAGCACGUAUAUGGCAGCUGUGGGUCUAGUCCCCACCAUCGGAACAAAGGACAAAAGAUCUGUCUAUGAUCACCUGAGCACAGUUGCAGACUAUGCUAUUGAGAUGUUUGAUGUGCUGGAUGAAAUCAACUACCAGUCAUACAACGACUUUGUCUUGAGAGUGGGUAUCAACGUGGGUCCGGUGGUGGCGGGGGUGAUCGGGGCCAGGAGGCCUCAGUAUGAUAUCUGGGGGAACACAGUGAACGUGGCCAGUCGCAUGGACAGCACCGGAGUCCCUGGCAAGAUACAGGUAACAGAGGAUGUGUACCGUAUCCUGGGGGAUAACUAUGACCUGGUGUGCCGGGGGAAGGUUAGCGUGAAGGGUAAGGGUGAGAUGCUCACCUAUUUCCUGGAGGGCAAGGUCCACAGCGCGGGCUGCGCCACCACCUCCUCCGUGGUGCGCUCUGCCAGCCUGAACCGCCGUGCCCACUCCUGCGGCAAGGCCAGCGUUCCCACCAAACUGGGCAGUGUCAACUCUGUCGCCAGCUUCACAGUUCGCGCCAGCAUGGUUAGCCUCGGUGGCACGGGUAACAGCAGCUCUAGCCCCAGUGUCAAUGUCAGUAUCCACCCCAUGCCAUGCUUGCCCUCACCCUGUGUGCCCACACUGGGAGAGGAGGAUGAAGAAGAGGAGACAGAUGUAGAUGUGGGAGGAGUGGUGGUGGAACGGGUGAAAGAAUUGGCUGUGUAGGGAGGUGGAGAGAAGAAGUGCCGCACUGUUGUAAACUUGAGUUCCAGACCUCCCCGUCCUGGGCUAUCACAUCCGUCAGGAGUCACUGGGGGUCCCACUAAAGAUUGAACCAGGGUCUCCUGUGGGUAAAUGGUACACUGGGAUACUGGGACAGCCCACUGCACAAAUGCACCUCGAGGAGUUACCUGUCUCUGAGGAUGGUCAGACUGGACAACUGGACAAUCACACCUAGGAUGGCUGCACGAUAAAAUCACGCAGACUUGAUUGAGUUUGUUGUUACAUAAAUAGUGACUUGCCACUGUUUGCAACCAAACACAAUCAACUGAAGAUUUCCGGCUUCCAGCAUGGGAACAUCAGGCUCCUGGUGACAUGACCAGAAGUAUGAGUGAGUGUGGCAGCCAGGUGAUAGUGUGUUGUCCCUCUGUGUGUGUACAUUCCCAACAGGGGGACAUGCACAAAGCACAGCCCACUUUUUAUGUCUUCUUCUCUGAUUAUGCCAAGGAUUCAUUCCAUCCUUCAAGGUGUAAUAGGCUAGUUUUCGUGUACUGUAAAUACGGUAUGCAUGCAUGUGUGUAUUCAUACACAAGUAUUUAUAUGUGUGUAUGCAUGUGGGUGUUCGACCUUAAAUCUUAAAUGAAAUAGCACAAAUACACAUUUUUAUACAUUCAAAAAGUAUCUCAAAAGGCUUUUGACACAACGUCUUUAGUAGUGCAUGACCUGUUAGUGCUGGUCUGGACUGGUCUGGUUUCCUGUCGAGUGUAAACCAAAGCAAUGAGCUCCUCUAACAUCCUGUUGUUUAGUACUUCGUCCUUCACAAAAGGAGCACUACCGCCGUCUAGGUUUCUGGCUUUUCAGUCAUGGUCAGGGGGGGUCAAACACUCAAUAGUCAAGAUAUAUGGUUUACUGCAUAUGACAUAUUUUAAGUCUCAUUGAUCCAAACGAAUAAUCAUGGCUGUUUGGUAAGACUGUUUAGAACCAGAAUGGUCUGGUUUUACAUAAGGGUAAAUCACUUAGUGUUACAUUUCUAAUGUAGGGAACCAGGUGCAACACACACACAGUCAGACAUAGCUUUGUUUGCAUCCAUGAACUUGUCGAGUUGUGUAUUGAUCAAGGCUUGUUAUUCGUCCAUUGCUCUGCCCUGAUAGGGAUUGUGUGUGGGGAUGUGUGUCCUGUGUCGGCUUUACACGCAGCAGGCUGUAGCCAAGGCUUUGAAGGGACAGGGAGGUCGGUAAAAUAGGCAUUGGGUAAGGUGCGUUGGCUUUGACCCACAGUGCGAUGCCCUCAUCCUUGAGUCCCCGAUGUAGGCUAUAGAACUUUAGUUAAUGCCAAACCUGGAACAGUCUCUCUUACGCACAACCACCAACACAUACGUAUGCUCGCUCCUUCACACAUUCUCUGUGACACACACACACACACACACACACACACACACACACACACACACACACACACACACACACACACACACACACACACACACACACACACACACACACACGCA